UGAGCCACGUGCGCCGCCGCCGGGCCCCCUCCCCAGCGGUCCCCUCCCAGCGAUGGGCAGCGGGACCCCGCCGGCCCCAGCCCCCCGCCGCCCGCCCCGCCGGCCCCCAGCCCCACCGCCCGCCCAGCGCACCCAGGCCUGACCCACCUGCUCCAGCCCCCCCCGGCUCCAUGGCGAGGACGGACCCCUGACGGCGGGCGCCCGCGGGCCGGAGGAGACGCCGCCGGGCACGGCCCGGGGAGAUGCCCUCGGUAGCCCUGGCAGCAUCGGGUCCUGCCCUGGCCCUGCGGCUGCCCUGAGCAUCCCGUCCCCCACCCCGAGGGCAGGGAGAGGCUGUGGCCUCCCCCCGGGACCGGCAGCCAAGAUGGUGAUGUCCCAGGGCACCUACACCUUCCUCACCUGCUUCGCGGGCUUCUGGCUCAUCUGGGGCCUCAUCGUGCUGCUGUGCUGCUUCUGCAGCUACCUGCGGCGGCGGGUGAAACGGCAGCAGGAGGAGCGGCUGCGGGAGCAGAGCCUACGUGCGCUGGAGCUGGAGCCGCUGCACUACGAGGGUUAUGGGGGCAGCCCCCCCGGCAUCGCCAUUCCCCACCGCCUGCGCCUCGAGCCCCACCAUCAUCACCCCCACCACAUCCCUCCCCCCCGGCCCUGGAGCUGCCGGCACGAGUCAGACCUGUCAAAGCCGCCGUGUUACGAGGAAGCGCUGCUGAUGGCGGAGCCCCCCCCACCAUACAGCGAGGUGCUGAUGGACACACGGGGGCUCUACCGCAAAAUCAACGCCCCAUUCCUGAGCCACGAGCGGCUGGAGAAGCAGGAGCAGCCCCCCAGCUACAAACCCCUUUUCCUGGAUGCCGGCUACGGCUCCUCACUGCACCUGCCCCGCUCGGCCAGCCCCGGCCCUGCCUGCCCGGACCUCUACCUGCAGGCAGAGUGCUCCCCUCGCAUGUUUCCCAGCUGGACGGACUCGGAGCUCAGCAGCAGGGACACCUACGAGCCGGGACCCUGGCACCUCCCGGUCUCCAUGCCCCUCUUCGGCAGGACUACCGCUGUCUAACAGCGGCACCGGGGGACCCCCGGACCUUACUGCGGGUGCCCCUCCGGCACUGGAGGAGGAGGGGGCAUGGGAAUUUGGGUUCGGUUGCCCCCAUCACCCCGGGGACACCCGCCCUGGCGUGGGCCAUCGCCGCCGGCGCGGAAGGGGCUGGUUCCCCGCCUGGCCCCUGCUGCACCCCCCCCCGGCCGGGGGCUCUGGGGACCCGGACUCUGCUCUUGUUUCUUAACUUUUUCGUUUGUUACAGUUUGAGAAUAAAAGUUUGUGGCUCGG